CUCUUUUUAGGGUCGUGAUAUUCCAAUUGUCCAUCGUGUCAUUAUGGUUCACGAAAGGGAAAAUACUGGAGAAGUCGAUGUUUUGACAAAAGGUGACAAUAACCCUGAAGAUGAUAGACUUCUCUAUGCUAAAGGUCAGCUUUGGCUUAAUCGACAUCAUAUAAUGGGUCGUGCUGUCGGCUUCUUGCCUUAUGUUGGAUGGGUGACUAUAAUCAUGACAGAAAAACCUAUCAUCAAGUAUAUUCUCAUAGGUACAUUGGGUUUACUCGUUAUAUCGUCCAAAGAUUGAUUUGAGUCUUUUUUGAAAAGGAAUGGACUCUGCAUGCAAGCCCUUUGGUUUAUCAUAAUCUAGUUGUUGAUUUGAGUCUUUGUUGUUUCAAUGGAGAAUAAAACAAGUUAAAAGGUCAUUUUGUGGUCUAGACCAGUUAAAAAUAGUACAAUCAGAAAGCUAAGUUUUAAUCA